AUGUGUAUUCCAAAUAAUGUUGCCUAUAAAGAUGAUCCUGUGCUGCUUCGAUUCCAACUUUUGAUGCUGUAUCGUAAAAUGUCUGAGGAAAAGGAUCAACAGAUUUCGAACGAAGUCGCAGAACCCGCUAUCUCUCAUAACAGUGACAUCGAGGAGGGUGAAAAAGUUCCAUCCCUUUCGGAGAAGGCAGUUCAAGAGUCUGACGGUGAUUCAAAUGAGCUACAGGUACUCAAUUCCCAGGUUUCAACUGAGUUCGAAAAGUCUAGAGGCGUAAGACGAAUUGAAAAUGUCAGAACCAUGAUGUACACUGCUAAAAACGGUAGGUUAGUCAUCGUUUCUUUUUGUACGUGUCUUUUGGUUAUCGCUUGGGUUUACUCAUUGGAUGCCUCAACCACUUAUAAUUAUGCUAUCCCUGCUGCCUCUAGUUUCAGCAGACAUUCGAUGAUUUCUACUGUCAACAUUGCAAGCCUGAUCAUUGGGUCGGUUGUGCAGCCUUUCCAAGCCAAGUUCUCCGAUAUCACCUCUAGACCACUUUGUUUUGCACUCUCUUUAGCCUUUUACACAUUGGGUACUAUCGUCGCUGCUUCGUCUUCGACUAUAAGCGCCUAUGUGGUCGGUUCUGUAUUAACAGCUGUGGGUUCUAACGGUAUUUCCUUUUUAAGAGACGUCAUUGUUGCAGAUUUGACCGUCUUGAAAUGGAGAGGUGUUGUUAAUGCUCUUAUGACCUCUCCUUAUAUUAUAAACGUCUGGUUUUCGGGUUUAAUUGUUGAAGCUAUUUUGAAGCGCAACUGGAGAUGGGGUUAUGGUAUGUUUGCUAUCAUUAUGCCCGUGGUCGUACUUCCAGCUGUUGGAGUUUUAUAUUACUUCGAGCGUCAAGCUCAAAAAAUCGUACCUAAAGUUGUGAAACCCAAGAAGACUUUCUGGCAAAUAGUCUGGACGUCUGCAAUUGAAAUAGAUGCCUUCGGAUUGGUACUCAUGGGUUUCGGCUGGUCUUUAUUUUUGUUACCGUUCUCUUUGUACGACUAUGCUGAGAAUGGCUGGAAGAACCCAAGUAUGAUCGCUAUGCUUGUCGUUGGACCUGUAUUGUUGAUCAUCUAUGCUGCCUAUGAGAUAUUUUGGGCUCCAUUUCCCUCCAUGCCAAGAAGAAUUGUCUUCAACAAGACCUUCAUUACGGCUGUUCUCAUCAAUAUUAUCUAUUUGUUGGCAGAUGGAAUUAGAUCACAAUACUUAUCUACUAUCUUGUAUGUUGCGAAAGACUGGUCCGACAAAAAUUGGACUUACUUCAAUAAUACUUUGACUGUAUCUUUAUGUUUCUUUGGUGUUGUUGCCGGCAUACAUUUCAGAAUUGCUCAUCGUUACAAGUGGUUGAAUACCAUGGGUAUAUUCUUUAGACUCAUCGCUUACUGCAUUCCCCUCAGAGCACAAGGAACUAUGGCGGACACUGGAUCUUUCGUCAUGUGUCAGGUGUUGAUGGGUGUCGGUUCCGCAUACAAUUCUGUUGGUACUGUCAUCUCUUCCCAGGCAUCUGUUCCUCACCAAGACAUGUCGUUGGUCAUGGCAUUGUUACUUCUUUGGUCUACAGUUGGUAGUGCAAUAGGAUAUGCUAUCUCUGCACCUAUCUGGUCUUCAAAAAUACCAAACUACAUGAGAGAAUUUAUUCCAAAAACGUACACAGAUGAGGAAGUUUAUGCUUAUUAUACUGAUAUGAGCUCCGUGAGAGCGUUACCCUUCAACAGUGAGGUUAGGCAAGGCACAAUCAAGGCAAUGGCAUAUGUUGCUCCGUACUUCUUUGCUCCUCCAAUUGCGUUGGAAUUCAUCAAUAUUUUCUUGAGUUUCAUGCAGACCAAUUAUUACUUGGGCGACACACAUAACGCUGUCGAAGAUCAACAUGGAAAAGACCCAACCAACCCCGACAAGGAGAAAAAGGAGAUUCCAAAGACGACUAAAGAAAAGAUUCUUUACUUGUUCAGCUAG